AUAUUGAUGAGUGUGAAAAUGACUUCUACAAUGGAGGCUGCGUACAUGAAUGCAUCAAUAUUCCAGGCAAUUAUAGGUGUACGUGCUAUGAUGGAUUCAUGUUGGCUCACGAUGGACACAACUGCCUUGAUGUUGAUGAAUGUCUGGAUAACAAUGGUGGCUGCCAGCAGAUUUGUGUCAAUACAAUGGGAAGCUAUGAAUGCCAGUGCAAAGAAGGCUUUUUCCUGAGUGAUAAUCAACACACAUGUAUCCACCGCUCCAAUGAGGGUAUGAACUGUAUGAACAAAGAUCAUGGGUGCGCACAUAUCUGCCGGGAGACACCCAAAGGUGGGGUUGCCUGUGAAUGUAGGCCUGGCUUUGAACUUGCCAAAAACCAGAAGGACUGCAAAUUAACCUGUAACUAUGGAAAUGGAGGCUGCCAACACACCUGUGAUGACACAGAUACUGGUCCCGUAUGCGGUUGUCAUCAGAAGUAUGCCCUGCACUCAGAUGGUCGAACAUGUAUUGAGGAGGAUGAGGCUGCAAUUGAGAGUUCUGAGUUCAAUGCCACGUCAGUAGCUGAUGUGGACAAGCGGGUGAAACGGCGGCUACUUAUGGAAACAUGUGCUGUCAAUAACGGAGGCUGUGACCGUACUUGCAAGGAUACAGCAACGGGAGUACGCUGCAGUUGCCCUGUUGGAUUUACCUUACAGCCUGAUGGGAAAACAUGCAAAGAACCAUUACAGGUGCUUCACUCAGGACUACAGACACAGAACUACCAGGAGCAACUUUUACUUCAUUCUUCCAACUUGGGAUGCAAGGGCACUGUGUCCCAGAAAGGAUCAGACCCUAGCCAUUUGGAAUAUCUCAAAGAAACUGCAGAGAGGUUUUCAUUGCAUCUUCCUAAUGGGAAGCAGAAGUUCAUCAAUAGGUUUACAGGCAAGGAUGUUCCCCACUCUCUCAGCCUACACGUGAAGCAGUCAUGGCAUGGUCUUGUGAAUAUAGAUGAAUGUCUGGUAAACAAUGGUGGCUGUGACCAUUUCUGCAGAAACACUGUUGGCAGCUUUGAAUGCAGCUGCCAGAAAGGAUAUAAACUCCUAACUGAUGAACGAACCUGCCAAGAUAUUGAUGAAUGCAGCAUCAGCAACGGGAGCUGUGACUAUGGUUGCCUUAAUACAAUGGGAACCUAUGAAUGUUUGUGUCCACCUGGAAAGAAGUUACAUUGGAAUAAAAAAGACUGUGUUGAGAUGGUGAAAUGCCUCCCAAAUGCCAAGCCGGCUCCAAAAGCUCAGCUGGUUUGCAGCAAAUCAGGUGGAAUUGAGAGCUGUUUCUUAUCUUGUCCAUCCAACACACUUUUUAUCCCAGACUCAGAGAACAGUUAUUCAGUAAGCUGUGGAGUGCCGGUACUUCAAGGCAAAUCACAACAGAAGCGUAAUGCUACACUUCCCAGUUGUGCAGAUAUUCUAGCACCACCUAUCAAACAGAAGGCUCGUUUUAAAAUCAAGGAUGCAAAGUGUCACUUGAGACCUCGUAGCAAAGAAAAAAUUAAGGAUGUUGGAAAACAGCAGGCUGUUAUAGGUCAAUUCCCUUGUACAGACAACUGCCAGGUAACCUUUGUGAACUUCAAAUGUGACUCCUCCAAGAAAAAGCGUCGUGGCCGUAAGUCACCGUCAAAAGAAGUAUCCCACAUCACGGCUGAGUUUGAAAUGGAGAUGAAAUCUGAGGAGGUCUCAGAUGCCUGUAACGUUGACUGCUUGCGGAAAAGGAUGGAGCAGAAACUACAAACUGCAAUCAAGACUUUACGGAAAUCUAUUAACAAACAGCAGUUUUACAUUCAGUUUUCUGGGACAGAAUACGAAGUGGCUCAAAAGGCAGCGAAAGUUGUCACUGAAGGCCAUCAUCUCUGUAGCACAGGGCAAGUGCAGCAGGAUGGAAAGUGCGUUACCUGCAGCAUCGGCACCUAUUAUAGUGGAGAACAUAAUCAGUGCGUUCCUUGCUCACCAGGAACAUACCAAGACAAAGAAGGUCAACUGUCCUGCGAACCGUGCCCAAGCAAUGAUGGACUAGGAGUAGCUGGUGCACGGAACGUCUCAGAAUGUGGAGGGCAAUGUUCUCCUGGACAUUUUUCUUCUGAUGGCUUUAAACCUUGUAGAUUGUGCCCACUUGGUACAUAUCAGUCUGAACCAGGAAGGACUCUCUGUUUUCCAUGUGGUGGAGGCCUGGUGACAAAAUAUGAAGGUGCAGUGUCAUUUCAGAACUGUGAAACAAAAGUUCAUUGCUCUCCUGGACAUUACUACAACUCUACAACCCACCGAUGUAUCAGAUGUCCUGUUGGAACCUACCAACCUGAAUUUGGUCAGAACUACUGUAUCACAUGCCCUGGAAAUACCAGUACAGAUUUUGAUGGUUCUACUAAUGUUACACAUUGUAAAAAUCAACAGUGUGGUGGAGAACUUGGAGACUAUACAGGCUACAUUGAGUCUCCCAACUAUCCUGGAGAUUACCCAGCCAAUGUUGAAUGUAUUUGGAAUAUAAGCCCACCCCCCAAAAGACGGAUCCUCAUUGUGGUCCCUGAGAUAUUCCUUCCAAUUGAAGAUGAGUGUGGUGAUGUUUUAGUAAUGAGAAAAAGUGCGUCACCUACAUCAAUUACUACCUAUGAAACUUGUCAGACCUAUGAGAGACCUAUAGCAUUCACCUCCAGAUCACGAAAGUUAUGGAUUCAGUUUAAAUCAAAUGAAGGAAACAGUGGCAAAGGAUUCCAAGUACCCUACGUAACAUACGAUGAGGAUUAUCAACAAUUAAUAGAAGACAUUGUUCGAGAUGGACGUUUGUAUGCAUCAGAAAACCAUCAAGAAAUUUUAAAAGACAAGAAGCUAAUUAAAGCUCUUUUUGAUGUAUUGGCACAUCCACAAAACUAUUUCAAGUACACAGCACAAGAAUCAAAGGAGAUGUUUCCAAGAUCAUUUAUAAAGCUACUGCGAUCGAAAGUUUCCAGAUUUCUACGACCAUACAAAUAGCUUCCUAGCCGUUUUCCUUUUUUUUUUUUCUUUUGCAUUCCUGUCAAAUAUUCUAUUGUCUUCAACGGUAGAAACAUUUUGGCUAAUUUGAAGACUCCUUGGCAGUCUUUUUCUUAAAUUGUAUAUGGAAGAAUAACUAUAAUGUUUUAUAAUCUCCAAUAUUUUGAAUGAGAUUUUUUUUUAACUUCAGAGAAGAAUGGUUUUGGAUUCCAGAGUGCAUCAAAUUGAAGAUUCAGAUUUAAGUCUGCACUAGUUUAUCUUCAGUUUAUCCUCAAAAAGCAUUUGUUUUUAGAAAACAUUUCUAACCUUUUCUACGGAAAGAAAUUUUCUUCUAAGCAAAGAAGAAACCUGGUCAAAGAAACUACCUGCAAAGAAGAGUUAUAAUAGAAAGGAGUAUGUAGUACAAAUAAUACUUGGAUUUUGAAUUGCACUUGAACUUUGUAUGGGAAAUCUUAUGGGGAAAUCUAAAUUCACAGUUUCCUUUUGUCGGUUUUGUGGAGACUUUGUUCUGGGUAUAAACCAAAAACGAAGGAGGAUGGGGAUAAAAUAGGUAUGUAAUUUUUGUUUGAUAGAUUAGGCAAGAUCUAAUCUCACAAUCUGAUACUUAGUUGGCCGUGUUGUAGCAUUUUCAAAAUUAUGAUGGUAUCUAAUGCUGCUGGUGCAAUGAUGGAAUUAUGGACACAGUUUGGUUUCUCUGACAGAUUUUGCUAUAGAAUUGAAAAAGCCCAAGGAAAAAUUGCUAAGUUUCUUGUCCUUGCUCUCAAAUCUAAACAAGUACAGUGUAUGAAUAUAUGAAUCUCCUUGUGAGUACUUCAGUACUUCUCUCCUCCCAGGUGCUCAGUAUUAUAAUCUAUAGGUAAUGUAAAUACAAUUCAAACGGUACUUUCUCUUGCUGUAGUCCAGAGCUCUGCUUCCACCCACUGACAAAUGAAGCCAGGAUGGAGGGACGUGUUGAAAGCAGAACUCUGCAAGCCUGCAGGAAGACAUCCCCUUUUAUAGCAGGGCUUCAUUUUCAGGACCAGGACUUGGCCACCCUCUUUAUUCCACCAUUUUGUAGGAAUUCUUGAAAAAUGUUGUAAUGUCAGUUAACCUCAGGCUUGAAGUAAAUUAACAGUCGAGAGACUGACCAGCAGUAAUCUGGAUACAAAAUGCUAGGGGUUUGGUGUAACUAGAAAAUAAGUAUAGUGAAUUAAUUAUUUUGGUGUUUUUGAAAAUGUUUUUGAUGGACUGAGUAUGCACCCAUAGCUUGCUGGUUCAUAAUCCUCAGUCAAUUUGAUUUAAUGCAAUAAGGCCAGGCUGCUAGGUUAUCCUAUAUUAUUUCCUUACUUAUAACUGCUUUGGAAUGUAAGAUACAACACUGUUGUCUCUUACCUAUGUUGUUUGCAUUUAAACACCUUUCAGAAGAAAUAUUAUAGACUGUGUUGCAUUUUAAAACAUAGCCAUGUGCAUAUAAAAUAGCAUAGAGAAGCAAAAAAAAAAAACAACGUAAUUUUUUUGUCAUCCAAAUUCUAAGAUUUGAUGGAUGUAUUAUGGAAAUAACGUAGCCAUGUAGAAUUGUUCCUUCUUUCACCUAUCUGCCAUUAUCUAGCUCAUCUACAAUCAUGAACUUGCUGUACCACCUGUCAGAUCACUGUAAUGGCGUUUUCCUGAUAAACUCACAAGUUCCUUACAAGAUUGAACCAUAUUAGUGCAUUUGUAUUUUAAGCUUGUUUGUGCUAGCCACGGGACUUCUGUAUCUUUUUGACUACAGGUGCCAAAAUUCACUAGCAAUUUCCCCAGUCAGAAUUCAGGGAACUAAGUGCUUAUAGGAGUUUUCCGUCAGCUCUUUUAGACUCCAUGAUGUUGCUGUGAAGAUAGGGGGCAUUCCUGGGAGGGGCAAAGCUCCAGAGGAACUGCAAGGUAUUAUGAGACUGCUAGUGUUUGCAUCCUUAUGGGCAGGGAGAGUACCAGCCUUUUUAGCAUGUUGUUUUAAUUUUUCUUCAAGUUCAGCCAGGUUUUGUUGUUGACUGCUGAUAGUCCUUUGUUUGCUAUGUCCCAUAGGUUUAGUUUGCAAAGCUAGUAACACCCAUUUAACAAAAUCUGACUUCUCUCUGGGUAAGCUUAUAUGAUUGUAGCGAUGUUUGCUUUCUUAGCUGUGUGCUCCCUCCUUCUUGCCAGAUGUUUAUGCUAAGGAGUGGCUUGUACUUCCUAAGCAAGUAGACAAACCUUUUUUUCAGUAUUCCUUUUUGACCCAAGGAGUUCAUUAAUAUACUUGCCAGUCUAAUAAAAGACCUUAAGGCUUGUAUAUAUCUUAAGUGCAUAUAAGCCAUAUUCUGUUAUGUGUUCAGCAUUAAAUUAUUAAAUUCCACUAAGAUUUGUAAUAUAUUGCUUUCUAAAGUUCUUUUCAAAACAAUUAACAUUGGUAA